CAGGCACAAGUGAGGAAGUGAAGAUAGCUAACUUUCGUUUCCUCCACGAAACUUUUUAUUUAUACUGCACCUAAUAUAAGAAAGGAGAAGUAACGACAACAGGGUCUGAAAGGGACACAGGGGCGGGGAUGUCCGUGUGUCUCUGUCCCCGUCUUCAUUCUGCUUCAGCCCCGCUCCACUGACACGAUGGAGGCAACUGGCGAGGAAGCUUUGAUCCCUCAUGAUGAUCAGUUUGUUGUGCCUCCAAAUGGCAACGUGAACGAAAUGCUCAAUGUGGACCACGAAGACAACGUGCAGGGCCAGAUGGAGGAGUUUUUGGGCCCACAGGCUGAUUACAACGAGGAGGAGGAGGAGAAGAAAUACUAUCGAAGGAAGAGGCUGGGAAUCAUCAAGAAUGUUGUUGCAGCCAGUAUUGGAGCCAUGAUUGUGUACAGUGUGUACAUGGGCCUCCUGCAGAUGCAGUUGAUCCUCCACUAUGAUACGACCUACCGUGAGGUAAAGUACAGCAACCUCGGCCUGCAGGACAUCGACCAGAAGAUGCUGAUGGGGAUUAAUGUCACACCGAUCAUAGGCCUCCUGUACACGCCUCUCCUCAUCAGGUUUCUAGGUACCAAGUGGAUGAUGUUCCUGGCUUCGGGGAUCUACGCUCUCUUCGUCUCUACAAAUUAUUGGGAGCGUUACUACACCCUCGUUCCAUCGGCUGUGGCCAUCGGUGUGGCCAUUGUGCCCCUGUGGGCCUCCUUGGGAAAUUAUAUCACACGGAUGGCACAGCAGUACUAUGAAUGCGUCAACUAUAAGGAGGAGCACGUGCAGGAGCAGAAGAAGCUCCCAAAGGGAGCGUGCCACAGCUAUAUCAUCGUCUUCCAGUCGGUCUUUAACAUCAUUUUCAAUCUGAGUUUUGUCUUCGCCGAGUUCCCCAUGGCCUUCGUCCUCAACAGCGUUUACCUCCAUGAUAACUCCCACGUCCUCGCCCAAGUGAAACACUGCGGUGCUAAAGUCACCGGAUUGAUCCCCGGCUUCAACAACACCGUGCUGAAAAAACUGCCAAGCUCCAUGCUGCUCAUCCAAGUGGAGAGCGUGCUCAUGGGCUUCGCCUUCCUCUCGAUGAUCAUUUUCCUCGGGCUGUGUGGGGCCGCCUACCGCCCAACAGAAGAGAUCGACCUUCGCAGUAUAGGCUGGGGAAACAUCUUUCAGCUGCCUUUCAAACACCUGAGGGACUACCGCCUGCGGCUGCUCUGCCCCUUCUUCAUCUACAGUGGAUUCGAGACACUGUUUGCCAUCUCUGGAUUCACCCUGUCUUACGGUGUAUGUGCUUUGGGUCUAAAUAAACUGUGGCUUCUCAUCGUCGUCUACGGCCUCUCCGCCUCCAUCUUUUCCUCCCUUAGCCUUUCCCUCUUACGGCUUCCACGCUGGGUGUGUCUCAUCAGUGGUGCUUUUGUGCAUGGAGUGCUUGUGGUGGUUCUCAUGGCAUUUUCUCCAGAGCCGAAAUGCCUCAAGUAUGAGGGCCCUCUACUAGUGAUCUCUGCGCUAUGGGGACUCGGCACCGCCCUGAACAAGACAGGCGUCAGCACCCUACUCGGAAUGCUGUACGCUGAAGAAAAGGAACGCCUGGACUUUGUCUACACCAUCUAUCACUGGUGGCAGGCAAUCGCCAUCUUUAUAGUAUACCUUUGGUAUGGUCUUCCUAUGAGGGCAAAACUUUCCAUACUACUAGUCACUUUGUUGCUGGCUUGCUGUUGCUAUUGGGUGAUGGAGCGUCGCCUGGCCAAGAGAGUGCCAUUCAGACUGCCUCGCAUCCCUCGGCCACGACACAAGGUCAAAGGUUACCGCUACCUGGAAGAGGACAACUCCGAUGAGUCCGACUCGGAGAGGAGCGAGGAGGACGACAGAGAAGAUGAGAGGGAGGAAGACGACUGUGAUGUAGUGCAAAAUUUGGACGGGGAGGAAAGGGACCAAGAGGGUUGGUAUCAGGGAGCUAACUCACCCAGAGCCAGGAGAAGAGGAGCCGAGGGCCGUGGACAGGACGACGCCCGUGUGAACGAGAGGGACGGAGAGAUAUGAGAAGAGGAGAGGAAGAGUUAAAAUAGCACUGGACGCUCUUUUAUUCAUUAAUAUUUCUGUAAAUUUUUGUUUUUCAGUGGAAAAUAUAAAAAUUAAGAAAAAGCCCC